CUUUGAUCCGCAAGCCCCUUUUACAAAUUUUCUAAUACCCAAAGCAAUCAGGCAUGAACCAUUAAAAAAAAUAAUAGAAAGGGAAAGCAGAAGAAAAAAAAAACGGAAAAAUAAAAAAUAAAAUAAAAUAAAUCAAAAGAGGAGGAUGACAUUGUCACCGCAACAAUCCCAUCAAACCCCAGUUCUCGCACAUGCAGACGGACUCGGGAAAGAUCCCUUUCUAUUGGGCAGCAGCGUCUCAUCCCAGCAUGGAUAUUAUGAACUACGGAGUCCGUCCUCACUACCGAAGGGAGUGCUGCAUUUACCUACCUUGUCCACAGUGGGUUCAAGGGUUGAAUUGUGCGGCUGACGCCCCUAUUGAUCGGUCAAUGGUGGAUUGUGACAAUGCAAAGACAUACAUCGUCAACUGCCUGCCUACAGGUACCUAUCUACCUUGGCCAUUGUAAAGCAGGCAGAAAGC